CAUGUAAGCUAGAACCGUUAGCGUCUGCCUCGCCAGCCCACUGCUUCCCUCCAUUCAAACUUCUCCCUGUUCCUUUUUCCGCAAACCUUCAUUGACAAGCUCAGAUCCGUGCUUUUGCAAAUCUGCGCAUUCAAAGUCACGCUUGUUGUUUGUCAUAUUUCACACAAUUUAUCAAAAUCUGGUUGCCUGUUCUUUGCUUCGUCUCUCGACUCAGGCAAACAAGUGGUUAAGUUUUCAGUAUUUUGAAGCCCUCUUCCAUUAAGAAGAUCUGUAAGAUGAUGUACACAUGUUGUGGUCCUCGGUACAUUUCUCACUGCUAUUUUCUAGAUUAGCAAUUUUGAAGUCUUCUGCUAAAAUGAGAUGAAAAAAUCAUUGCGGCCCAUCGCUCUUGUCCUGAUGAGAAAACUGAUUGGGCGGUGUGUGGGAAGCAGAAUUGAUUGGAGAAAACUGUUUUUAGUUGCGACCAUAAUGACAACAGCUGGUGUUGUGGUGCCAACCUUUGUAUUUCCAUAUCCACUCCAUACGUGGUUGCUUUCUCCAACUGUUCCAUCCUUGAACUCUACUAUGCAGUUGGGUGAGACUUAUGCUGAGCCAAGGGGCAGGCAGUCUCCUCUUAGUCCACCUUUUCUGAUUGUUUCUGUUAAUUCAUCUGCUGAACUCAUUAAAUUACAACAAGGCAAGAAAAAGAAGCCCAUUGUUUCUUUAGGGAGGAAUCCUCUACCACGCAAGAGAAGGAAGAAAAGCAAGGUAAAUGAUGAGCCAAAGGUUAUUCUUCCUCCUCCUCGUGAAACUGUGCCAUAUCGUUUGCAGAGACACAUUUGGUCCUUGCCACCUGAUGAGGCUCUUUUGUAUGCUAGAAAGGAAAUAGAACUUGCCUCAGAAGUGAAAGAUGAUCCUUAUCUCUAUCCCCCUAUUUUUAGGAAUAUUUCACUUUUCAAAAGGAGCUAUGAAUUGAUGGAACUGAUACUUAAAGUCUAUAUUUACCCUGAUGGAGCAAGACCAAUUUUCCAUCAACCUCAUCUCACUGGAAUUUAUGCCUCUGAAGGGUGGUUUUUGAGGUUAAUGGAGGGAAACAGGCAGUUCGUCACAAGGGAUCCAGAAAAGGCCCAAUUGUUUUAUUUGCCAUAUAGUACACGCCAGCUGGAGCAUGCACUCUAUGUGCCUGACUCACAUAAUUUGAGACCUUUGUCAAUUUUCCUCAGAGACUAUGUGAACAUGCUGGCCAUGAAAUAUCCAUUUUGGAACCGCACACAUGGCAGAGAUCAUUUUCUUGUUGCUUGCCAUGACUGGGGUCCUUACACAGUCACUGCCCACGAGGAACUAGCCAAAAACACCAUAAAAGCUUUAUGCAACGCAGACCUAUCUGAAGGAAUUUUUGUUGCUGGAAGGGAUGUUUCCCUGCCUGAGACCACCAUAAGGACUUACAGAAGACCCCUUAGAUAUAUUGGUAAUGGGAAUAGAGUAUCACAGCGUCCAAUCCUUGCUUUCUUUGCUGGGAACAUGCAUGGCAGGGUCCGUCCCAUUCUUCUUAAGCACUGGCUUGACAAAGAUGAAGACAUGAGAAUUUAUGGGCCUCUUCCCAGCAGAGUCUCACGAAAGAUGAAUUAUGUUCAACACAUGAAAUCUAGUAAAUAUUGUAUAUGCCCUAUGGGCUUUGAAGUAAACAGCCCCAGGAUUGUUGAGGCCAUUUAUUAUGAGUGUGUACCAGUAAUCAUUGCGGAUAAUUUUGCCCUUCCUUUUAGUGAAGUAUUAGAUUGGAGUGCUUUCUCUGUGGUCGUUGCAGAGAAGGAUAUCCCAAAACUGAAGGAAAUUCUACUGGCAAUCCCGCUUAGAAGGUACCUGACAAUGCAAAUCAAUGUGAAGAUGGUACAGAAGCAUUUUCUUUGGAACCCGAGGCCAAUCAGAUUUGACUUGUUCCACAUGAUACUCCAUUCGAUUUGGUUUAGCAGGGUUAACCAUAUUCCAAUCCCACAGUCCUAGUGAUUCUUUUGGUUCUUCUUCAAUGAAAAGAAUCAUAAGCUGGGUGAACCAUGUCAGAUGGAUGAGCCAAAUAGAGAGCAAAAUUGCAGGCGACUAUUUGUCUCAAGUAUAAACUAAGAAGCUUGCUGUUGAAGUUUAGAGGGACGUGAUAUUAGUGACCGUAAGGCAGGUGAACAUAUUUAAAUCAAGUGCUUUGUCUGAAAUAUAAACAUGAUGGAGGAAUGGUGAUGCAGAUGGCAAUCAUGAUUCAGGUAUUGCAGGACAGCAGGAGCAACUACAUGAUUGAAAAUACUGCACCGUUGCCUUGCGUGGCGAACAAACCAAAUGCAGUCAUAUAAACCAGACUUCCAGCAUACAUAUAGUAGCAAAUUUUAUUUCAACUAUAAAUGUUUAAAUUGAUUAUUGUUUACUUAAGUUUCUAUUUUUUGAAGC